AUGAUCCGUAAAUCUAAGCUUGUCAAUCAGGCACUAGACGAGGCUGUUCCACUCUGCCAGCCGCCAGUACUGAAGAUCCGUGAGGCCAUGAGGUACACGCUAUUCUCGGGCGGGAAACGCAUAAGGCCAAUGCUUUGUCUGGCUGCAUGUGAGCUCGUGGGUGGGAAAGAGUCAACCGCAAUGCCUGCCGCAUGUGCGAUUGAGAUGAUCCAUGCCUCAUCACUCAUCCAAGACGAUCUACCUUGUAUGGACGAUGACAGCCUCCGCCGCGGAAAACCCACAAAUCAUAAAGUCUUUGGCGAAAAUAUUGCCAUCUUGGCAGUUGAUGCGUUCAUAGCUUUGGCCAUCAAGCACACUGUGGAAUCCACCUCUUUGGACGUUCAUCCAAGGAGAGUUCUCCGAGCCGUUCUAGAGAUGGCGAAAGGCAUUGGAACGGAAGGGCUCGUUGCUGGUCAAGCGGCGGAUUUGGCUGGAGAAGGAAUGACUCGUCCACUAUAA